GGUUGGGAAUCGUUUCAAUUUUAUCGAUUCCGAUUCCAAUUCUGAUUCUGCUUAUCGAUUUCGAUUCUUAUCGAUUCCCAGUUUCGAUUCCACAGUUGAAGUAAAACAUUUAGAUAUCAACCUGUAUGGCCAUUUAGCCUGCUUAUUGACUUGUUUGCAAAUACUGUAUAUACUGUAUAUAUUUAUGAGCAGCGUUUUGUGUAUAUUUAAACAUAGAAACACACCUUUUCUGAUUUAUUACAAUUUGUAUUAUCAUAGUUGAACUACAUCAUGGUUAUACUGCAGUUACUAUAAUGCAACUAUGGUUAAUUUGUGAUUCCUGUGCUUUAAUGCAAAUUCUAUAGCUAAACUAUGCUUACUAUAGUAAAAAAUAUCGAUCAUUUUCAUAAGGGCUUUUAUUGAGAUAUCAGCAGAUCAUGCAACGCAUGUACUUUUCUGAAAAUAUGCACACAGGAAUUGAUGAGAGGAAUUCAAAUUUUAAUCUCAAGUAUCCGAUUCCUAUUCCUUUCGAUUCCGAUCCGAUUCCUAGCCUUUCGAUUCCGAUUCCAAAUUGGAAUUGAUUUUCGAUUCCCAACCCUAGAUGUAUGUUACAAAGACUAUUGAAGUUGAAGUAAAAACACUUGCGAGGCCUGGAAGAGAAUGGCCACGAGUUAGGUGACGUUAGUGUAGGGUUAGCAUUAACACAAUUAGUUACUUUUAAGGAGUAACACAAUAUUGUAACACAUUACUUUCCUCAACACUGUGCGUGACGUGCACGGAUCAAUGUUUUAUUGUUGUUUACAGGGUUUAUAUCUUGUAGUGGAAGGAUGAACUGCAUUAUGUUUUUGAGCAAAAUAGAUUUUGCUUUAUUUUACACAGAAAUAAAAGCUUGAAUGUUUUGGAAAGGUGGGCUUUACCGACCAGACUGAUCAAGGUGGUUGAAAGGGAAGUGAUUAAAAGAGGGACCGGCGACAUUAGAGAAUCAAGUUAAUACAUUUGAAUGACGUCUUGUGCGUAUCAAUGCCCUUCAGUUUGACUAAAUUCUAAAUACAGCACAACGGUUUUUACCUCGUGGCUGUUUUAAUUCAGUCAAGCUUCGAUUCUCUGGCUUCGUCUGUUGGCAUUGCUAUUGUAGCCUUUGCGCUAGUAUGUAUUGACUAUUGUAUUGCAUCAUUUAUGAUCAUUACCCUAGAGGCUUGAGAAGGUUCUAUACUAGUGUAAACAGCAGAUCAGGUUGUUUGCGCCGGCCCUUAAUUAAAUUACUAACAUUGUUGGCGGUGUGCCGGUUUUCCCCGGGGAAAUCUACAAGAAAAGAAGGCAAUUAAGACUAAUUAAGUCUCUUCAUGGACACCAAUGGAAAGUGGAAGGAAAGAACAGUAACCAUUCGACGACAGACGAUCGGCGGGUUCGGCUUGAGCAUCAAGGGUGGUGCUGAACACAAAAUCCCCGUUGUGAUAUCGAAAAUAUCAAAAGAACAGAAGGCUGAACUCUCUGGUCUCCUGUUCAUUGGAGAUGGCAUUCUUCAGAUAAACGGCAUUAACGUCAGGAGCUAUCGGCAUGAAGAAGUGGUGCAGGUCUUACGGAACGCGGGUGAAGAGGUCACUCUCACCGUGUCCUUUCUGAAGAGAACGCCUGCGUUCCUGAAACUGCCGCUGUGUGAAGAUUGCUUGUGUAUACCCAGUGACCACAGCAGUGGAACGUCGUCUCCGUUGUGUGACAGCGGCCUGCAUUUAAACUACCAUCCCAACAACACGGACACAUUGUCCUGUUCGUCGUGGCUGAUGUCUCCCGGGUUGCGUUGGGAGAAGAGGUGGGUGGAUCUGCGACUGAUCCCUCUCUUACACGCGCGUCUGUCCCAGUACGUCCCAGGUACUGACAUGUGCAGGCAGAAUGCCUUUCAAGUCAUCGCUGUUGACGGCGUGUGCAGCGGCGUCAUUCAGAGCUCCAGCGCCGAUGAAUGCUCCGACUGGCUUCAAGCGAUAGCGUCCCAUAUAUCUGCUUUAACCAAGCACAACGUUAAGAAAAUAAACCGAAAUUUUCCAGUAAACCAACAGAUUAUAUUUAUGGGCUGGGUGGAUGAGAAAGAGCAAGAUUCAGUUCAGGACCGAAUGUACACGCCAAAGUUUCUUGCCUUACGGGGUUCGUCGCUCUUUAAAUUCUCGGCACCUCCGGUCACCACCUGGGACUGGACCAGGGCGGAGAAAUCCUUCACCGUCUUUGAGAUCAUGUUCAAGAUUCUGAAGGACGUGGAGCUGGUGGACAAACGGAAGCACUGCUUCAGCGUUCAGACGGACUCGGGGGAGGACAUCUUCUUCAGCGUGGAGCUGGACUGCGAGCUGCUUCUCUGGGAGCAAGCCUUUCAGAUGGCAACGUUCUUUGAAGUGGAGAGAAUACAGUGUAAAACAUACGCUUGCAUCAUGGACAGUCAUCUCAUGGGACUCACCGUUGAUUUUAACAUGGGCUUUGUGUGCUUUGAUGCCGCGUCGAAGGUGGUGCUGUGGAGAUACAAAUUCUCUCAGCUUAAAGGAUCUUCGGAUGACGGCAAAAGUAAAAUCAAGUUCCUGUUUCAGAAUCAAGACACGAAACUCAUUGAAGCCAAGGAGCUGGAGUUCUCCAAUCUCUUCGCGGUUCUUCACUGCAUUCACGCGUUCUUCGCCGCCAAAGUGGCUUGUUUGGAUCCCAUGUUCGUUAGCAGCCAGAACGCUGCCACGGCCCCCACCUUAACCACCACCUCACACAUAUCCAAAAUAAAGUACACCAGCUGACAGACUCUUGUGUCAUUUUCUCCCUUCAGAAGAUCAGAGGAGAGGAACUAUCCUUUAUAAACCACAGACUUAAGGUUGGGAAGGAAAAAGACCUUUUUUGUCAGGGACAAGUCAGGGGAAUGAACUUGAUUUUACCUUUACGUUGAAGUUUCAAAUGUGGACAGCCGUGCCACAAGAUGACAGAGUUUGGAUAUACCGCGGAUCCUUUUCAACUGCAGCUACUUGAUCUUUAGAGAAUCAGACUCCUCACGUUUGACAUGACGGUAUGUUUGCAUUAAACUGAUAGAAACACUUUGUGUAUACUUUUAGGAUAUUAUUUAAUCUGGUAGAUUGACAUGAACCCUUUAUGAAUUUGCCAUGGUGUGCACCAGAAAUGUUCUCCAACUUAUGCUCUUGAGAUUCUUUCAUUUCAUUUUGUAACCCAGUCGAUUUAGAAGAACAUUUAAAGGAACAGUUCACCCAAAAAUGAAAAUCUUUCAUCAUUUACUCACCUUCAAAUCUGUAUGAGCAUUCUUCCAAAUAUCUGUCUCUGUGUUCAUCAGAACAAAGACAUUUAUUCAGAUUUGGAACAACUCAAAGGUGAGUAAACGAUGACAGAAUUUUCGGUUUUGGGUGAAGUGUCCAUUUAAGGGUAAGAAAUGAACAAUCUGAAGCUAUCUGAAUGUCCUUUGCCUUAUAUGAGGCAAUAAAACCAAGAAUCCAAAUGUGGCAUCAUUUUAAAAUCUAAAAACAGUGAUAUUAAAAGCCUAGAGAUGCCCAGAAUGUGGGAGUGUUUUAUUUUCAUACUGUACCUAUUUUGCUACUCUUUAAUCCUUUAUUAAAGGUUUGUGUAAGUAAAGAUGAAUUGAAUGGAAUUGUAGGAUGUGUAUGAAAUCACAUUUGAACUAUCUCAAGGGUACGUGCUAAUAAAUGAACGGAUUGCCUUUAUUUUGACCUUCUUCUUGCCUCUAUCUGAGACAAAUAUAUUCAUACAUGCACACAUUGCCUUGUCAUAUUUAUUUAUGGUCAAAGUAGACGAUCAUUCUGUAAAACGGCCACCUGAAUCACAAAUCCUAAACUGUUAACCAUUCAUUGGGUGCAUAUAUUUUUUUUACUUUUUAAUCAAAAGUUAAUGAUUUGCUCUACCUCUGAAAUGACUGGUGAUGUCACCAAAGAUGAGAGAGCUGAUUGGUUAAAAUAUGUGAUAUAGUGCCAUAGCCAAUUUCUUACACACAAUGAACUUUAAAUAUGUUCGUAAUAUGUAUUAUUCAUCCUUCCAAAAUGACCACAUUCAUUAAUAGAUGAAAGGUAAGUCGACAAAGUCCUCACUGUGUAAUUUUGUUCAUGUCAUUUAUUGAAACCAGAUGAAUUCUUGCUUUGACAUCAAUCCUGUUUUUUGCUCCUUUUAUUUUUUAUUUUGUUUUUGUUCCUGGUGUAAAGUAAGUGUUGUCUAUGCAAAAGAGAGCUUGUUUAUUGACCCCGAAAAUCUCUGAAACAGGAUUGAAAUGAAAGGGGAAGUUCUGAUAUUCUGAUAGGCUGAACUGCAUUUUCUUUAUUUUUCACAGACUGAUUUGUUUUAAUAACGCUGUAUAGAUAAUAAAGGCUUUCAGUCAUGUUUUUUUCUACACAUUUGGCAGAAGCUUUUAUCCUUAAAAUA